GUUAUAUUGUGUUCACACAGAAUGAGACUGUUCUAGAGUACAAGACAGCGUUGCAGAGAUAUCUGGUGUACCUGCCGCCAUGGCAGGAAUGAGUUACAAGACUCAGUUGCUGCUGUGCUUCUUACUAGUAGAAGCUCUGAUCCCACCAGGACAAACGCAGUGGCUUAUCUUUGGAGAACGGAACAAACCAAAGGAGACCACACCAGCUAUUUCCGAUCCAAAGAUUAAUGAAGACACAGAGGAAGACUUUGAAGAGGACAGUGAUAUUGCCAAACCAACCAGUCCACCAUUACCUGAGAUCCCUCACCCUACCAAUAUUCAUAAUGAGUUAACAGAGACUGCUGCUCCAGAGGAACAUCUUGCAAACGCAAUAGAAACUGCCCAACCCAUGGAAAUGUCUACAGGUUUAAGGGAAAUCACUAGCACAACCACACGGUUUUCAACAAGGGAAAGCGGACAAGGAGCUUUAGAACAUCGUGGCGUAACCCAACCUGCUCAAAGUUCAACUAAAGGCCUAGAAGGAAUACAAAAUGAGGAGACCACUCGUCUCGCCACUCCAGAAAAGACCACACAUCUCAAAACAACAGCUAAUAGCCACCCAGAAGGCAGCCUUGAAAGGAAGGAGGCUACAGCUGAAUGGAUCCCACCGCUGACACCCGCUGCAGAAAAUCACAGUGGUGAUGUGGAAGAAGACCUCAGAUCUCAAAAGGAAGAAUGGAAGCGAGGAGAUGUUGGCUCUUUAAAGGACACAGAUCCAAUUAUAUUAGAAUUGGUAAACGGGAUGCUGGGGACAGCUGAGUCUGAACCAGACCCACAUAAGCGCAAUCUUUCUGACUGUAUAUGUCCUGUGGUAUCUGGGCCACCAGGAUCAAAGGGGGAACAAGGAGACGCUGGACCUCCUGGAGCUCCUGGACUUCCAGGUAGUCCAGGUCGCAUUGGAGAGAGAGGACUGAUGGGACAGCCUGGUCCUGCCGGUCCACAAGGGCCUCCAGGACUGCCAGGGCCACCAGGACCACCAGGGCAUUCUUCCAGUGCAAUGACUUUUACUGAUGUAGAGGAAGAACAGAAGAGCUUCCCUACGUUGAUUGGCCCUCCAGGUCCUGAUGGCCAGCGUGGACCACCGGGUUUUCCAGGGUCUCCAGGCUCACAAGGACCUGAAGGUCCACAGGGUCCACCAGGUCCUCCUGGACUUCCUGGUUCUCCUGGGCAGCCUGGGAAUACUGGGCCAGUUGGACCAAGAGGGGAGGUUGGUCCUGAUGGUCUCCCGGGGCAAAGAGGCUUACAAGGACCCCCAGGGACACCUGGUUUUGAAGGCCCUCAAGGAUCAGAAGGCAAAAGAGGACCAGAGGGGCCACCUGGACCCCAGGGACUGCAAGGAGUACAAGGACCACAGGGUUAUCCUGGCCCAGAGGGGAGUCCUGGCAUGAUGGGAUUACCAGGUUUGCCAGGAAUAGAUGGACCUCAGGGACCCCCAGGUCAGCAGGGUCCAGAAGGAGCCCCAGGAAAAGAAGGUCCUCCUGGACCAAAGGGAGAGAAAGGUGACCCAGGAGAGGGUUGUACCAGUUGCAAUGGAGGUGGUGGAUUGGUAGCAGUUGGUCCCCCUGGUCCUGCAGGUCCUCCUGGUCCACCAGGUCCCCCUGGACCUCCAAGUCUAGGCACACAAAGAAUGCUUUCUGAAACAAACCUGCCCCCAGCAUUCCAAGAGGAUGACCGGUCAGAAGCGUACGGUUCUGUGGUCUUCUCUGGUCUUCCUGGAAGCCCUGGACCUCCAGGGCCUCAAGGACCUCCUGGCCCCCCUGGAGUGGUAUAUAUCAAUAGAGUGUACCCUGUCCCACCUCGGCCACACUGCAAGCACACGGUACCCAAAGAAGACUCAGAGGAUAGAGGUUCUGUAACAGCUUCUAGUGAAUCCAGCACGUACCUUAAGGUACAUAGUUUGGUUUUCCAGAACCAGAAAGAGAUGAUUCAAGCUUGGGAGGAGGUUUCAGAAGGCGCCAUGGCAUAUGUGAGGGAGCAGAACAGUGCCUUCUUCAGGACCAGUGUGGGAUGGAGCAAGAUUAUGUUGCAGGAUUCUGAGUCCAGUUUCCCAGCUGAUGAGCCAUUUGUGCCAGAGGAACCUACAGAUGAGGAAUAUCCAGAUCGUGUUCAGGUUGUUCCAGCUCCACAGAAUGCCAACGUCCGAAUGCCUUCUCUCCGUCUGGUGGCUCUCAAUGUCCCACUCUCUGGGGAUAUGAGUGGGAUUCGGGGAGCUGACCUGCAGUGCUACCGUCAAGCCCAGGAGAUGUCUCUCUACGGUACUUUCAGAGCCAUCCUAGCUUUAUCAAGCCAGUCCCUUUCCAGCAUAGUAAAGAAGACGGACCGUGGCCUACCCGUAGUGAACCUAAGGGGUGAGGUUCUUUCGAGGAGCUGGGAUUCCCUCCUGGAUAGAAAGUCUGUUUCUCUUAAAGCCGGCGUGCCUAUUUACUCAUUCAAUGGCAGGAACAUCCUUACUGACCCCCUAUGGCCUCAAAAGGCAUUCUGGCAUGGCACCAGUCAGAUGGGGAACCCUGUCCGUCAUAGAAACUGCGGGGAAUGGAGAAGUCACACAAAUACCGAAGGACUGGGAUCCGAAAUCACUGGAAGAUGGCUCAUGGACAGUGAUUCCUACAGCUGCUCUCAGACGUUAGCUGUUCUGUGCAUUGAAAUAGCUUUCCCUUAUCACUAUAUGUGGUGAUCAAAGAUCACGUGCAUGGAAUUGCUCAGGACAGACAUCCAACAGGGCAUUCUUGUCUUCUCCUGCACACUAGACUCAAGGAGUAGUUGUAGACUCAACGUGUAGUUGGGUGGCCUUCAAGGAUAUUAUAUCAGUUGGCAUUAUAUUUCUUACAGUUACAUACUAGCUUUGUAUUUUAUAUUAUUAUAUUUGGCUGUAUAUGCAGAUUAUUUCCUAAUUUAAAUGUAAGAAAAUGAUUUGUUUUGGUUAUAAACAGCGCUUAAAAUCGGUAACCAUGGAUCUUUGAAAACAGGACCUCACUUUGACCUCUAAAUACCCUUUAAAUGAAAUAAAAACCUAUUGUUUUA